AUGUCUGCUUCAUUAUGGUUUUACGUCUCGCCCGCUGUGCGGGCUGGUGUGACCGACCUCCAGCGACAGUCACGUGAGCAGAACUGUCCCAGCGCUCCUGUCUUCGAAUGGAUUAGCGGCCUCCUAAACGAAUCAUUUGCGGUAAACAAGGUCGACCGGGGGAGGAAGGCGUACCUGGACCCACAACUUCCACCCGCUACGGCCUUGCUAUCCUUACGGCGGUUUGAGCAACGCGAGCCCCUGGCAGCCAUGGUAGGGCUCCCGAAGGGGACAUGCAUUCUCUCGGAUACGGGUGACUGGCCCUUCGAUCUGCAGGACAGCGAUGGAGCAGUUCACUGGGUUUUUAGGCGAGCGCAGGAGCAGCUGAGUCUGCAGUGCCUCCCAGAGGACUCUGCCACGGCGACUUUCCCUCGAGCUGGUGAGAUAACCGGUACUCACUUCGGCCCGUUCAACAAUGUCGGACUCGUCAUGGAUCUGCAAGAGUGCAAAGACUUGUCACCAGAGCUUGCUCGGCUCUCCGUCCCGACUCGCGAGAUGUGGCACCGGUACCUGAAGCGGUCUGGGCCAGUGGACAUCACCCGGUUCCCACCAAUCAACCAUACUGUCGGUGUCAUGGUCGGUCAUGAAGAAUUCACGGAUGAGGUGGCCAUGGACGUCUACGGUGCUUUCAGCUGCACAGUGGAGCUGUCGGUCCUGAACGAUCUGCUUCCCGCCUUCGACUCCACUUCCGCAGCUGACUGCAAGCGUCUGCCGUCUUCCAGAGGUGCAGUUCACCUAUCUCCUUUGAAUGGCGCUACUGUGCUUCUCAUCGCCUGUCGUCUACUUCAGGCCGAAAGCGCCGUGCAUAAGCUUCUCGACAUGGACGUUACCGGCAUGGUUAUUCUGCACGAUCUGGCCGAGUACGGCCUCGGCUGGAUAAUGCAUGAACGAGACAUGCAAGCCAUCGUCACCCGAUGGCUCCAGGGCACCGACUACUACAUCGGCAAUCCGCCACCGGUCCCGAAACUGUCGCUACUCCUCAAUGCGUGGAUGACGCGCAAGUGCGGUAUUACCAGCGCCAGAAAGAUGAUUACCCCAAUGCUUCGGUACCGCCAGGCGGAGAUCCUUGCCCCAUCAAUCGACGUUGGUAACGACGCGAAGCACAGCAGCAUCCGAAGCGGUAUCUUCUGUGGCAGCGCCUGCGGAGCUGCCAUUGCACUGGCGGUCUGUCAACUUUCACUCGACGCCGAUGGGAACACGCCAGCACAUGUUGACGAAUGGGUCGAGAAGCUGAUCAGAACCGCACAGGCGACCACCAGCAACACUCUGCUCUCAGAAUCAGCGGCGGAGAUGUGCAAGGGAUUCUUGGAGAAGAGUCUUCACGGCGCCACCUCGCAAGACCUGAAGGAGUUUGACCAGCUCCGCAACGAGGCCAUGGGCAAACGCAGCAGCGUCAGUAGGAAGGGCGCUGAACCCUGGUUUGACCAACACUUCUACCGCGCCUUCUUCGUCUCCCUCACAGAUGGCCGCAUCCGAGACACAGGAGAAGGACCACUGGAAUGGUGUGAUCCUCUGCGUGAUGAGACCGAGCUCCGACGCCGUGCACUUAUCGGCGUGCCGUGUGACCACGGCUCUGGCAAUGCCGCGGCUGACGUUACUUUUCGUUUCCUUGCUGUGUUCGCCGUUUCGCUGGGUGCCGUUGUAUUCUUGCGUUCGUACUCCCAUUUCAACCCCACAAGCGACGCACCGUGUUCGACAACCCAGCAAGAGCUCAACAUGACCAUGGUCAAGGGUAUCAGCCGCCUCACCCAGACCGUCAAUGUUGGUCCGGGCCUCACGCUCAAGCGAGGUGAUCUGGUUUACUUGCUGUCCGACAACUUGGGGAGCUGGUGCAAGGUGGCCACGAAGGAGGGUGCUAUCGGGGUGAGUGCUACGCUGCGACCGUACUAA